CUGACAAUAGUGGUUAGCUAGUUAGCUUGCAUGCAGAGCGCAGCAGCCACCCACAAGGGACCAAGCAGGAAGAAAAGGCAGUUUUACCUGUGGCCAGGACCUCAAAGGAGUCUGCAAAGAAACAGCCCACUGCAGAGAUGAAGGGAGAGGUUGGAAGCCCGCCACACAAUGAGAAGCUAAAGCAGGAGGGACACAUCUGGGGCUCCAUGAAGAGGACGGCUUUCAUCCUGGGCUCUGGCCUACUCUUGUUUGUAGCCCUCUGGAACUCAGUCACAUGGCAUCUUCAGAGGUUUUGGGGUGCUUCUGGCCACUUCUGGCAAGCACAGUGGGAGAGGCUUCUGUUGACGUUUGAAGGGAAGGAAUGGUUCCUCUUCACCCUGGGUGCCACCACAGUGCCUGCUCUGUUUUUCUGGGUCUUCAGUGGACUCCUCCUGAUAGUUGACACCACCGGCAAACCCAGCUGCAUCACCCGUUACCGAAUCCAGCUUGGCAAGAACGAGCCUGUGGAUCCUGUGAAACUGCGCCAGGCUAUCCCCACGGUUCUUGCCAACCAGUUCAUGAUCUCUUUCCCCAUGGUGGUCUUCUUCUAUCCCUGCCUCAAGUGGUGGGGAGAGCCCUGCCGCCGAGAGUUGCCAACCUUCCACUGGUUUCUUCUGGAGCUGGCAGUCUUCACCCUACUGGAGGAAGUCUUGUUCUACUAUUCUCACCGGCUCCUACACCACCCCAAACUCUAUAAGAAAAUCCACAAGAAACACCAUGAGUGGACAGCCCCCAUUGGUGUGAUCGCUCUCUACUGCCACCCAGUAGAGCACGUGGUCUCCAACAUGCUGCCGUUGAUGGUGGGUCCCUUCAUAAUGGGGUCCCACUUGUCCUCCAUCAUCGUGUGGUUAUCCCUGGCUCUCUUCAUUACCACCUUAUCCCACUGUGGCUACCACCUGCCCUUCUUGCCUUCACCUGAAUUCCACGACUACCACCAUCUCAAGUUCAACCAGUGCUAUGGAGUACUGGGUGUGCUGGACCACCUCCACAGAACUGAUGCUAUGUUCAAGCGGUCCAAGGCCUAUGAGAGACAUGUGUUCUUGCUGAACCUCACUCCACUUACCGAGAGCAUCCCUGACUCCCCAAAGAAUACGGAAUGAACUAGAGGGCAUCAGCCAACAUCCUGGCUGAUCCCUAAGCAGCCAGCAGGAUGCCUAGGAGGCCUGAGGCCUUAAGACCACACUUGACAUCUUGGACUCUGCAACCUCAACGUCCAAUGACAUCCCUAGGGUACAGGGAGGUCAGCUUCCCUGGAUGGCACUAGGGCUCCCCCUAAUCUGUCACCUGGUGACCCUCAUGGGAGCUGCAGACAGCUCACAGAAAACAGCACCACUGUUUUUGGAUACUAGAGGGGUAAUAUCUUUGAUGGCUAUCAGUGAAUCCUGGGGUCCUACUGUGGGAGGGGGAAGGGGAUUCAACUCCAGAUGAUUCCAGUGUGGCCAAGGAGAGACACAGAGAAAGACAAAAGGGGUGCCGAGAGCUACCUGGCUCCAGGAACUUUCAUUCUGAUGCCAGGGUUGGGAGGGGGGCAGAUAUGUGGCAGUUUGCUGUCUCAAAAGGCCAACGCCCUCCUGGCAAAUGGCUUAGGGGUCUCAAUUGUUAUAACAACAUCCAGCUCCACUAACACACCAACUCCAGGUCAAUGAUCAAGACCCACUCCCAUUCUGCUCAUCACCACCCAUUCAAGAGGAAAGUACCUAAGAGAUACUUACUGUACUCUAGCACCAAAUGCCUAACACAAGACACCACUCAACUGGGAGGAGCCCUUCCACCCACCCAGAGGGAAAGAUCAAGGUUGCUACCUUCAGGACACUCAACUGAAACCUCCUGCUUAGCCUGUGUGAAUCAGGAUGAGGUUUGUAUCCUACAUCUCUACUAGCACAGACCAGAAAAACAUGGCUGAACGAAUGAUUAGCCAGUCAUAUCAAUACCCUUUAUUAAGGAUGACUUUAGUGAUACCUUCUUUUUCCCUGAACUUAUUCUUUUAUUCCACUUCACUUAUUACUAGUAUUUGAGAGACAGAAACAGAGGAAAUGAGCUACCAUCUGCUGGUUCAUGACCCAAAUGCCGGGAAUGGAAUCCAGGCCUCAUGACUGAGUGGCAGGCCCCGAUUACUUGAACCAUCAAUGCCGCUUACCAGGGUUUGCAUCAGCACGAGACUGAAAUCAAAGCCAGAGCUGAGUGUUGGUGUCUUCUAGGAUAAACACUUACCCACGGUAGCUUUAUCAAAUGAAGUCUUAAACACGAGUGGACCAAACCACAGAGGAACUGGUAGAGGAGCCCCCACCCUGGCCUCUUCCCAGCAGCCAGGCUUGUGGUUCCCAAGAACAACUGAGGACCACUCCUUCACUGGAAAGUUAUCACUGCUGUUUACAACAUGCUCGUAUAUACUUGAGCCUACUUCUUUCAGCUCUCUUCUGUUAAAAUCACCCACUAUGUGUGCAUAAAAUACUUUAAUAUGAUGGGACUGUCUCCAGACAGCACUGUUACAACUUCUUCCUCCAGAUCCCAGGACCUCGGGGCCAGCCGAGCACUUGGCAGCAGGAUCCUCUCUGGCCUUGCUGAGGUCGGUCUACCCACCUUCACUUGAUGGACAGCUUCUGGUGCAUCAGAGCACUAACUUUUCAGAGCUGCAGGCCUGAGCAUGCAUUACCUGUUCCCACAAGGAAAUAAAAUAGGUAAAAGUCAAUUUUGAGCACAUAUCUCAAGGAUAAAUGAGUGGAUGAAGAGGAAUGCGAAUGCAGUGGCCCUUCCUCCCCCCUAAUUUUUAAAGAACUUUUCACUUACUGACCAGUGAACAACCACACCACCAUUCUCUCCUUCCUUUUCACAAGCAGGUAGGUGGCCCUUGGCAGAAGGCUCAGCCCUAUCCUUUUCAAUAUCAAACAGAAUAGCCACAAAGUUGGCUGAACAAAUAAGUCUCCUAAAAAAAGACUGAGAUUUCCAGAUCAUGGACAGGAAAUAAAAGAACUUUG